AUGGUGCGUGGUGCUAGCAGAGGCGGUCGCGGUAUGCCGGGAAGAGCUGGUAUGGGCCGCCCGCCCUUUAAUAGACCUCGCGUUUUAAUGCUGAGGCCUCCUUUCGACUUGAUACUAGCUGAACCAGCAUUCCCCAGAUGCAAACCAGCGCCUGACGACUCAGCGUUAACACAAGCUCUCCUAAAGAGGCAUGCUGAGUUAUGUCCGACCCCAGCGGAACAGUCGGCCGUACUCAGCCUCGUCACCAAGCUACAGACAGUAUUGGAUAACUUGGUUGUAGCUCCCGGAGACUUUGCAGCAUGUCAAUUGGAGGAGGUGAGACAAGUCGGUUCAUACAAGAAGGGAACUAUGAUGGCCGGGAAGAAUUUGGCUGAUAUAGUGGUGAUAAUGAAAACAUUACCCACUAAAGAAGCAGUAGAGGGCUUGUCUAAUAAGGUCACUGAAGAAUUGAACAAACUCAUGAGGGCCGAAGGGCUCGGAAAUGUUACCAGCACCUGCCACGAGAGGGGCUUCACUGUUAGUACGGGGGCUGCAGCUGUUAGGGGUUUGGUUACCACGCUGCACCAGAAUCUGAGAAAGCUGGAACCAGAUGUGCACCUUGAUUAUAAGAUCAUCAGCAGUCACCUGGCAGCUAUACGACACAGCAGGUGGUUUGAAGAAAAUGCUCAUCAUUCUUCUAUAAAGGUGUUGAUCAGACUCCUGCGGGACAUGUGUGCUCGUCAUGCAGGUCUUGAGCCCCUGUCUCCGUGGAUGGUGGAUCUCCUCGCUCAUCAUUGCAUCAUGAACAACCCCGCUAGACAGGCACUCCCUAUUAAUGUGGCUUUUAGGCGAGCUCUCUCCUUACUAGCUGGAGGUCUGUUCCUACCAGGAUGCGCUGGCCUCCCUGAUCCAUGUGAGGCAGCACACUCUAGAGCUCACACAGCGCUGGACCUAGCAGCACAGGAUCACGCUGCUGCGACAGCACAGACUCUUCUCCGAGUGGUGGCUCGAGGUGGUCAUCGCUACGUGCUAGGGCUGCAGGCUUUCGAGGGUGGUAAAGAUAUUAGUACUGAGAUCACCGUGUGGGAUGGAGUGGUUGUGUCACCCCUAGCGCCCGCCUACCACGACACUCCCGAACCAAUGGAUACAGACGAUAAAGCUGAUGGAGGAUCCUUCUGUGAUGACGAGGAAGGAGUCCAGGACGGUGUUGCCGCUUGA